AUGGUGAAGGAGACACUCAAACGCAAGGAGAGAGAAGAAGAAUCAACAUCAGAUGAAGAGGAGGAAGAAUCAACAUCAGAUGAGGAAGAGAAAGAAGCAUCAACAUCAGAUGAGGAAAAGAAGAAAGAGGAAUCAACAGAUAAGAAAGAUCAAGGAUCAAACGAGAACAAAGGCACAAAGCCGAAGAAGGAAGAAAAGAAGUCCAAGAAGAAAGAUGAUCAAGCCAAGGGCAAGGACGAGUUCGACAUUGACAGCGAGUACUUCAGAAGGAGAGUCACGGACUUAGACAAGAUGAAGAAGGUGGAGGAUUAUAUCCAGCAAUUGGGGUCAGCCUUCAACAACUACAAUGCACCAGAUACAGGAAGAGCAGGAAUAAUCAUCAUGUUGAGGUGCAUGCCGGAGAGGGAACUGGAAGCCUUCACCAUCUACUACCAGGAUAGAGAGAAGGAGAAGAAGAAUCACACUUGGAGACAAGCAGGUGAUUGA